AUGAACGUCGGUGCAGACCAUGUUCCAUCUACUUCUAAAGACGAACCAUCGGAGCAACAAUCUGCAGCAGCUCGUAUAGAUAUAAAAGAUGCAAAUGCUGUUCGUUUCGUAACCUUCAAUGUUAAUGGUAUAAAGACACUCUAUAGUUACUACCCUUGGACUAAUUGUCUGAACAACUUGGAUAAUGUACUCCAUCAUAUAGACGGUGACAUAGUCACAUUGCAAGAACUUAAGCUUUCUCAAAUAGAAAAACUGUUGAGUUCAGAUUACUGGAGUUUUGUCUCACUCCCGAAAUAUAAGAAAGGUUAUUCUGGAGUAGGAUUGUUUGUCAAAAAGUCCCUUGGUGUACCGGUUGUUAAAGCUGAAGAGGGAAUCACUGGCCAUUUACGUCUUUCAGGUGGUGGCAAAAAGUUCCGUGAAAGACCACAACAAUGUUGUAUUGGUGCUUAUCCACUGGUAUUAGAUGAUGACAGAUACUUGGAACUUGAUAAUGAGGGUAGAUGUAUAAUGGUAGAAUUAGCGAAUGGGUGUGUGGUCAUUGCUGUAUAUUGUCCUGCCAAUUCCAUGGGAACAGAAGAAGGUGAGAAGUUCCGGAUGGAAUAUUUGACUUGCUUGUUUGAAAGAUGCCAUGCAUUGAUACAAUUGGGGAAACUGGUGGUUUUAAUGGGUGAUAUUAAUGUUUGUCUUGAUUUGAUAGAUCAUGCAGAAUCUCUUUCCAUGACAGUCAAGAACAAUAAUAGCAAAAAUGAUUCACCAACUUUUGAGUUGGACUUCCUUCAACCGUGUCUUGAAUUCAAAUCUUCAACAAAGGCUAGAGAACUUCUUAACAACUACGUGAUUCCUGCUCCACAAUUCCAGGCCCAUUACUCUAAACCUACUCAAUGUCUAUUUGAUACCACUAGAGUUCAUAUAGGCCGCAAGAGAAACGUUUAUACUGUUUGGAACACCUUAACGGGUGCCCGACAAUUAAACUAUGGGUCUAGAAUUGAUUUGAUUCUUUCUUCACUGGCUAGUUGGCCCAUUUCUAAUGCUGGGAUCUGGCCCUUCUUAAUGGGUUCAGAUCAUUGUCCUCUUUUCACCGACUUUGAGUGGCCGCAAGCAUCUUAUACCCAAGAUAAUAACAAUAAGUCGUGGUUGGAUGUGGAGAUGAAUAAAUACUACAAUAUUUCCCGUCAUCAAGAUAUCACAUCUUUGUUUGGUAGUAGGAAAAGAGUAGCUCCAACAACAACAAUAAGUACUGAAACAGUUGAUACCCAACAAAAAAGGUCUAAAUUGGUGUAUGUUAGCCGAAAGAAACAAAAUGGUACUCAACUUUCAAUUGGAAGUUUUCUUUCAAAGUCAGACACUCCUUCAAAAGCAACAGCAUCCUCGUCAUCAUCAUCAUCAUCAUCAUCAUCAUCAAUGACUAAUGAUAUUCCUUUUAUUCAAUCCUCUCCUUUGUUUGUGGGAACAACAGAAGGGGAAGCCAAAACCACUAUAAACUCAAUCACGAAGAUAAGUGACGCGCUUCUAGGUAAGCCACCCAAUUGCAAUCAUGGACUCAGUUGUCAACUACGCACUAGUCUCUCAAAUCCUAAAACAAGAGGUAAAAAGUUCUGGUGCUGUCCAAAGAAAGUUAGAAACGUUCUGAACUCAUCAGAGUUGGGUGAGUAUCAGUGCUCAUUCUUCCAGUGGGUAUCAAAGUAA